AUGCCGGAUCUAAGUUUUCUUGACCAGGAAGCACCACCGGGAUAUGUGGCCGGUUUGGGCAGAGGAGCCACUGGUUUUGUUACCAGUGCAGAAACAGGCCCGUCAGUGUUCCUGUCAAAUUUUGGACUUGAAGUAGAUGAAGAAAAUCCAGAAAAUCCAGAGCUAGGCCUUUUUUCCGCGCAAAAAUCGGCCGAGAACGAGGACGCAGACAAGAUUUACGAGGAAGUGGAAGCCAGAGUACAAAGCAGGCACAAAAGAAAAGCUGUCCCCGAGACGAAAGUCACAGAGUCUCCGGAUGCCACCAAAAAUCAACUCAAACUUAAACUCAAUGAGGUCAGUCUUUCAGAAUGGUUAGAUCUACCGGAUGCCGGCGAUCUUACUCGCAAAAACAAGCGUCAACGAAUCUUGGAGCAGCAACAGCAAAGAGUUUAUGCCACACCGGAUGUUCUUAUUGCACAGGCAAGUGCAAAGACACACAGCUCCACUGUAGAAGACUCGAACGAAGCUCCAACUGAAAAUGGAACAGAAGAAGGAAGCACCGUGACCAACUUUGCAGCAGACCCCGAGAAAGAACGCCGAAUUUUGUCUUCUCUACGGAAAGUCGAGCCGAAAAACGCCAACCUGUGGAUCUCGUCGGCGCGAUAUGAGGAGCAGGCAAAGCAAUUUCAAAAGGCCAGAGCGUUUAUCAAGGAAGGAUGCUCGCAAAUCCCUGAAAAUGACGAAGUGUGGAUUGAGAGCAUACGGCUCCAUAGAGGAGAAGGAAUACAAGUGUGCAAGCAAAUUGCCAACGAUGCUGUGGCUUAUAUCAAAGACUCUGAAAAGCUCUGGUUGACAGCUCUAGAUCUAGAAAAUACCUCUGAUUUCUACGCCAGGAAAAAACUACUACUCAGAGCGCUUGAAUUUCUCCCGCACAGUUCCACUAUCUGGGAAACAUUGAUUGCAUCUAUUAGGGAAUCAGACGAAACGGAGGUUCUGGAGAAACUACGCCUCUUGGAGAACGCAACCAAAAUGUGCCCUACAGAGUGGAAAUUUUGGGAAUACCAGGUCUCCCUUAGUGACUAUAAAAGCUCCAAACAAAUUCUCAACCGGGCACGCAAAUUGUCGCCAAAGGAAGAGCAGGUGUGGAUCGCCGCUCUAAAGUUGGAGGAAAAAGAGAAUGAUGGUAUCACGCUUGAGAAAUUGCUGAGCAUGUUGCACAAGGGCAAAGCGGAGCUCAUCAAGAAUCACGCCAAUAUCGCAGCUAUUGAUUGGUUACGAUUAGCGCAAGAAUCCUUUGAGUGUGCUCCCAAAACAACUCAGAUUAUUGUUAAUGACACGUUCUCUGACUGGAAAAAGGAGAAAACUUUCGAUGAGCUAUUGCAGAAAUGCACCGAGCUCGAAACGGCCGCUUCUGCAGUGACGGAAUUGGCUUACAAGUAUAUCACCACCAACUAUCCAAACGAGAUCAAGGGAUGGCUAGCGUAUCUCAGCUAUUCACACAAAGCUUGCCCUGAAAAUUUGGGUGGAAUCUACAAAGAGGCGCUACAGCGAUGCCCAAGCGAAGUAUUGUAUCUUGAUUGUGCUAAAUACUAUCAAUCUGUUGGUAAUGCAGAAACCGAUAACAUUCUCCGAGAAGGAGCCGCCGCUUUCCCUGAAAGUGAGCGUAUUUGGUUAGCAAGGGCUCGGUUCGAGAUCCAAUCACACAACUACGAAAAGGCCAAUUCGGUUUAUAGAGAUGCCUUGGAGGCAGCUGGAAAAGAACUGAUGAGAGUUUGGUACGACUAUAUCCACUUCUUACGUUUUUGUUGGAGCUUGAAAAAGCUCGAUUGCUCGCCGGACCUGAUCUUGCAAGAGUCAGAUAGGGCCAUUCUAAUCCACCCCGACAGUGCUGAUCUUCACCUUCAAAAGGCUCAAAUAAUGCAUGAUAUGGGACUGACAAAAGAAGCAAGGCAAUUGGUCAAUCUGUUCCUCAAAAACCAUCCGAAAUCUGUGACGUUAUGGCAAGCGCUCGCUCAAUACGAUUUCGAGCUCCAUGGCGCACCAAAAGCACGUUCGCUGCUCGAGAAAGCAAUUUUGGAAAACCCCGAGCUGCCGGAUUUGUUCGUAGACAAGAUUGAGCUUGAAGUGACCGAAAAGGAUCUCGUGGUUGCGAGACAACUCGUGAAUAAGGGCUUGAAGCUAUUCCCUAGUAGCGCCGAUAUUUGGACCAUUCAUUUAGGCUUCAUCCCGAAAGCUUCGCAUCGAAAAGUUGCAUUCAUGGACGCUUUGAAAGAAACCGAGAACUCUUCACAGGUCUUGUUGGCCAUCGGCAGAUUCUUGUGGGCUGACGGAAAGCAUGAAAAGGCGAAAACCUGGUUCGACCGGGGAUUGGAGGCUGACGCCAGCAAUGGUGAUGCAUGGGCAUGGAUACACCAAUACUAUCUCGAGACCAGCAGCAACAGCGACAGUGCUGAAGCAGAGAAAUUGGUGAAGCAAGUGGAAGAUCGACUCGAUGAAAUUGUAACAGGAAAGUUUUGGACAAAGGUGAUAUCAAACCCGCAAAAUCUAGACAAGACUGGCGUGCAAUUACUUGCUUUGGUUGGACAGAAACUUCUCGAUAGCAAAUAG